CCCGCGCGCGCCAUGGGGCCCGGGCCGCACUAAGCGCCAUGGAGCUGGCGGCCUGGUGCCGCUGCGGGCUCCUCCUCGCCCUGCUGCCCGCCGCUGCCGCGGGCACCCAAGUGUGCACGGGCACAGACAUGAAGCUGCAGCUCCCUGCCAGCCCCGAGACCCACCUGGAGAUGCUCCGCACCCUCUACCAGGGCUGCCAGGUGGUGCAGGGGAACCUGGAGCUCACCCACCUCCCCGCGGAUGCCAACCUCGCCUUCCUGCAGGACAUCCAGGAGGUACAGGGCUACCUGCUCAUCGCUCACAGCCAAGUGAGGCAGAUCCCACUGCAGAGGCUGCGGAUCGUGAGGGGCACCCAGCUCUUUGAGGACAGCUAUGCCUUGGCCGUGCUGGACAACGGGGACCCUCUGGAGAGUACCACCCCGGUUCCGGGAGGGCUGCAGGAGCUGCAGCUCCGGAGUCUCACAGAGAUCCUGAAGGGAGGGGUCCUGAUCCAGCGGAACCCCCGGCUGUGCCACCAGGACAGUAUCCUGUGGGAGGACAUCUUCCACAAGAACAACCGGCUGGUCCCCGUAUGGGUGGACACCAACCGCUCUCGAACCUGCCCACCGUGCUCCCCAGCCUGCAGAACCCCCUACUGCUGGGGAGGAACCUCCCAGGAUUGUCAGAGCUUGACACGCACGGUGUGUGCUGGUGGCUGCGCCCGCUGCAAGGGUCCCCAACCCACUGACUGCUGUCACGAGCAGUGUGCUGCGGGCUGCACAGGCCCCAAGCACUCCGACUGCCUGGCCUGCCUGCACUUCAAUCACAGUGGCAUCUGUGAGCUGCACUGCCCGGCUCUGGUCACCUACAACACCGACACCUUUGAGUCCAUGCCCAACCCCGAAGGCCGCUACACCUUUGGUGCCAGCUGUGUGACCACCUGUCCCUACAACUACCUCUCCACGGAUGUGGGCUCCUGCACGCUGGUCUGUCCCUUGAACAACCAGGAGGUGACAGCAGAGGAUGGAACCCAGCGCUGUGAGAAGUGUAGCAGGCCAUGUGCCCGAGUGUGCUACGGGCUGGGCAUGGAGCACCUCCGGGCCGCCAGGGCUGUCACCAGUGCUAACAUCCAAGAGUUUGCUGGCUGCAAGAAGAUCUUUGGGAGCCUGGCGUUUCUGCCCGAGAGCUUUGAGGGGGACCCUGCCUCCAACACAGCACCCCUGCUGCCCAAGCAGCUCAGCGUGUUUGAGACCCUGGAGGAGAUAACAGGUUACCUGUACAUCUCGGCAUGGCCGGAAACCAUGCAAGACCUCAGCGUCUUCCAGAGCCUUCGGGUCAUCCGAGGGCGCGUUCUGCACAACGGCGCCUACUCGCUCACUGUGCAAGGGCUGGGCAUCCGGUGGCUGGGACUGCGCGCGCUGCGGGAGCUGGGCAGCGGCCUGGCGCUGGUGCACCACAACACCCAGCUCUGUUUCGUGCACACGGUGCCCUGGGACCAGCUCUUCCGGAACCCGCACCAGGCCCUGCUCCACAGCAGCAACCGGCCAGAGGCUGAAUGUGCCGCUCAAGACCAGGCCUGCAACCCGUUGUGUGCUCACGGCCACUGCUGGGGGCCAGGCCCCACCCAGUGUGUCAACUGCAGCCAGUUCCUCCGGGGCCAGGAGUGCGUGGGGGAAUGCCACGUGCUACAGGGGCUCCCCAGGGAGUAUGUGAGUGACAGGCACUGUCUACCGUGCCACCCUGAGUGCCAGCCCCAGAAUGGCUCUGUGACCUGCUUUGGAUCGGAGGCUGACCAGUGCGUGGCCUGUGCCCACUACAAGGACCCACCCCUGUGUGUGGCCCGCUGCCCCAGUGGUGUGAAGCCUGACCUGUCCUACAUGCCCAUCUGGAAAUUCCCGGAUGAGGAGGGCACCUGCCAGCCGUGUCCAAUCAACUGCACCCACUCCUGUGUCGACCUGGAUGACAGGGGCUGCCCAGCAGAGCAGAGAGCCAGCCCCGUGACGUCCAUCAUCGCUGCUGUGGUGGGUAUCUUGCUCUUCCUGGUCGUGGGUUUGGUGGUCGGCUUCAUCAUCAAGCGGAGGCGGCAGAAGAUCCGGAAGUACACCAUGCGCAGGUUGCUGCAGGAGACCGAGCUGGUGGAGCCGCUCACACCCAGCGGGGCCAUUCCCAACCAGGCUCAGAUGCGAAUCCUGAAGGAGACGGAGCUAAGGAAGGUGAAGGUGCUUGGAUCUGGAGCUUUCGGCACCGUGUACAAGGGUAUCUGGAUCCCCGAUGGUGAGAAUGUGAAAAUCCCCGUGGCCAUCAAAGUGUUGCGGGAAAACACAUCCCCCAAAGCCAACAAGGAAAUCUUGGAUGAAGCCUACGUGAUGGCUGGGGUGGGCUCCCCAUAUGUGUCCCGUCUCCUGGGCAUCUGCCUGACAUCCACGGUGCAGCUGGUGACGCAGCUCAUGCCCUACGGCUGUCUCCUGGACCACGUCCGGGAACAUCGCGGCCGCCUGGGCUCCCAGGACCUGCUCAACUGGUGCGUGCAGAUCGCCAAGGGCAUGAGCUACCUGGAGGAUGUACGCCUGGUGCACAGAGACCUGGCUGCCCGAAACGUGCUGGUGAAGAGCCCCAACCAUGUGAAGAUCACAGACUUCGGGCUGGCACGGCUGCUGGACAUCGAUGAGACGGAGUACCAUGCGGAUGGGGGCAAGGUACCCAUCAAGUGGAUGGCGUUGGAGUCCAUCCUGCGUCGGCGCUUCACCCACCAGAGUGACGUGUGGAGCUAUGGGGUGACAGUUUGGGAGCUGAUGACUUUUGGAGCCAAACCCUACGAUGGGAUCCCAGCCCGUGAGAUCCCCGACCUGCUGGAGAAGGGAGAGCGGCUGCCCCAGCCCCCAAUCUGCACCAUUGAUGUCUACAUGAUCAUGGUCAAAUGUUGGAUGAUCGACUCCGAGUGUCGGCCGCGAUUCCGGGAGCUGGUGUCUGAGUUCUCCCGCAUGGCCAGGGACCCCCAGCGUUUCGUGGUCAUUCAGAAUGAGGACCUGGGCCCUACCAGCCCCCUGGACAGCACUUUCUACCGCUCGCUGAUAGAAGAUGAUGACAUGGGGGACCUGGUGGAUGCGGAGGAGUAUCUGGUUCCCCAGCAGGGCUUCUUCUGCCCGGACCCCAGUCCGGGUGCCACGGGCACAGCCCACCGCAGGCACCGAAGCUCGUCCACCCGGAGCGGCGGUGGAGAACCGACCCUGGGGCUGGAGCCCCCCGAGGAGGAGCCCCCCCGGUCUCCACUGGCCCCCUCAGAAGGGGCUGGCUCCGACGUGUUUGAGGGUGAGCCAGGAACGGCGGCAGCCAAGGGGCUGCAGAGUCUCCCUCCACACGACCCCAGCCCCCUGCAGCGGUACAGCGAGGACCCCACUGUUCCUCUGGCUCAGGAGACAGACGGCUAUGUCCCCCCACUGACCUGCAGCCCCCAGCCUGAAUAUGUCAACCAGCCAGAAAUCCGGCCACAGCCGCCUUCACCCCUAGAGGGUCCUUUGUCCCCUGUCCGCCCUGCUGGUGCCACUCUGGAAAGGCCCAAGACUCUCUCCCCUGGGAAGAAUGGGGUUGUCAAGGACGUUUUUGCCUUUGGGGGUACAGUGGAGAACCCGGAGUACUUGGCAUCCCGGGGAGGCGCCCCGCCCCAUCCUCCACCUGCGUUCAGCCCUGCCUUUGACAACCUCUAUUACUGGGACCAGGACCCACCAGAAGAGGGGUCUCCACCCAGCACCUUUGAAGGGACCCCGACAGCAGAGAACCCAGAGUACCUGGGCCUAGAUGUGCCUGUGUGAGCCAGGAGGCCCAUGGGCCAGGAACCGCACCAAGGAACCUUGCUGCUGCUUGGAUUCCCAGAGGGCCAAGCAGGCACCUGAGCCUGAUCACAAGAGGGA